CAUCUCUGCAGCUGUGUGUCUCUGAGAGCAGUGUGUGUGCAAAACGUGUAAGACUGAAGAAACUCCCGCGAGACACUGAAGUCUGGCUUACACACUUCACCCUGCUGAAUACACAACAUGAGCUGCAGGAUCUCACCGUGACGUAAUCACGCAGGGCUCUAUAAACCACGCCCAUUGUCAACCACGCCCACCCGAGAACCCGAGCGUGUGCGGUGUGUCCGAGUCCGGAGCAGGCGAGCGCGCGCAUCAGUGUUCACACAGCCUUGAGUGUGUUCGUGUGUUCGUGUGUGUGUGUGUAUAUAAAUAUAAAUAUUAAGCUCCUGUGUGAGCGGAACGCUGGGAGUUUGUUCGGGCUGUAUGAUGGUGUUUGUGAAGAGAGCUGCUCAGGGAUCUGUCCUGUGACUGGAGCUGAUCUUCACCUCAGCGCCUCACACACCACUGAGAGAACAGAGUUAUGGGGAAAUGGCAGCUGACUUUGGACCCGGUGCAGGAAUGGGGGGAGGAGGUGGAGGAUGGUGUGGUAUAUGGGGUGACCCUUCACAGGGAGCCGGCAUGCCCCUCCCCCUCAGGGCAGCUGGGCGUGGGCUGUAUGCAGUACCGUACACUGAAGGUGCGCAGGGUGAAGGCGGCCAUGUUGGAGCACCUCGUCACUGAGUUGGUGAAGCCCCAGUGUGAUGAACCUGACUAUGCCCGAAUCUUCCUCUCCACCUACAGAGCCUUCACCUGCACCAACACACUCAUCAACAUGCUGUUUCAAAGGUGUGUGUGUAGGGAAGACAAAAUCAACGAUUUGGACAAGAGUGUAUGUGUGAGGAGUUCUCUCCCAGCGUUGGUGAAUCUGUGGUUGGAGGAGUUUGCUGAGGACCUGAGAGAUUCUCCUCACCAUUCCUCACUCCGUCUCCUCUCCCUCCAUCUGCGUCAUCGCCUGUGUUUUAGACGCCUCGCUCAGCACACAGACAGUCUUUAUCAGACUUUUCAGGAAGAAGACAUUCGUGUUAAGAACGGGCCAAAAGUCACUGAUGUUCCUGGAGAAGAAACAGGAAGUGUUCUGAGCUGCUCCGCCCAGGACAUCGCUGAGGAACUCACCAGAUUGGAUGCAGCUCUGUUUGUGCGCGUGGUUCCGUUCCACUGUCUCGGCUGUGUCUGGUCUCAGAGGGAUAAGAAGGAAAACCGGAGCUUAGCACCCAGUGUGAGAGCGACCAUCACCCAGUUUAACUCUGUCACUAACUGGGUCAUCACCUCGCUGCUCUGCCCGCCCACAACCCCAAACUCCACCCCUAACUCCACCCCUAACUCUCCAAAGUCACCCAGAUCACCCAGAGUGCACCCCCACUGCCACCACACAAGCCCCUCCCACCGUGCGCAAAUCAUUGAGAAGUGGAUCUCCGUGGCUCAGGAGUGCCAUCAGCUGAGGAAUUUCUCAUCCCUACGUGCGAUCCUGUCUGCUCUGCAAUCUAAUGCUGUGUAUCGCCUCAAAAAGACCUGGGCUACAGUCAGCAAAGAGAGUCUGGCCAUCUUUGAUCAUCUGUGUGAGAGCUUCCCUGAUGAAAACUGUGUUAUGGUUAACAGAGAGAUUCUGGAGGACAGUAAUGAGCACACAGAGGAGAACCUCUCCACAGCACUCAGAUCUCCUAAACUCAGUCCAUCCUCCAAGCACACGAGCUACAGUGGGGGGGAGGUGCCAUACCUGGGGACUUACCUGACUGUCUUGACCAUGUUGGACACAGCACUACCCGACACAAUAGAGAGUCGACUAAUCAACUUUGAGAAACGAAGAAGAGAGUUUGAGGUUUUGUCUCAGAUCCGUCAGUUGCAGGUUUCAUGCUCUCUCUAUUCUCUUCCGUCUCACCCCUGUGUCUCCCACUGGCUCAACAGUUGCUCACCUCUGUCUGACCAGCAGAGUUAUGAUCUGUCCAGAAAACUGGAGCCCCCAGUGGAUUCAUGUCCUGGUUCACCAAGCUGGAGCCAUCGACUCAUCAGCAAAAAACUUGGCUUGUUGCUGAGCAGCAGUGACGGCUCUAGAAAGAAACCCCUCUUGGAUCAGAUGAGUGUUUCCUCUUCAGGCUCGAGCAGCUCUGAGAUGGACGAUUAUUCCUUUACACUCCGCCCCAAAUCACAGUCUGGAUUGUGUUUGAACAUCUCAGCAGACGCCUCUGGUUCAUGUCCUGAUCCAAACUGCAGCUCUCCUACUUCCUCCUCCUCUCAAUCUGAUGUCUCCACUCUGAGCUCUGAUGGUGCAUCUCCAUCUCCAUCACCAUCACCAUCAUCAUCCUCCUCCUCCUCGUCCCAGGCUGUGUAUAAUAAGCAGAGUGACAGCUGCAUCAUCAGAGUCAGCAUGGCGCUCCACAGCUGCAACAUCUACAAGAGCAUACUGAUAAGCAGUCAGGAUAAGACGAGUCAGGUGAUACAGAGAGCUCUGGAGAAACACAAUGUGGAGAAUAUGAGCUGUAACGACUUCACACUCACACAGAUCCUAGACUGUGAUAAAGAGUUGUUGGUUCCUGAUAAGGCGAAUUUGUACUACGCCAUGUGUCCCUCAGACAGUUAUGACUUUGUUCUGCGUCCACGUUGGAGGACUCACAGUCUGUGCUCCAGUCCUGCUGUUCUGCGCAGAGCUCACAACUGCUGCUCUAAAUCUUCCUGGAUCACACGUCUAUGAGCUUCACCACUUUCUGUCUCUCCCUCCGUGUGUGAAAAUGAUUUUAAACUGAACAGUUCAGUAACAAGAGACACGGCGUCGCCACACUGCAAUCUUUCAUUAUUCACCACAAAAUCCCCACACUUCAGCUCUCAUUUUCCCUCAUUACUGAUGUUUUAAUGGUGUGUGUGUUCGCUGCAGCAGUCAGUCAUGGUAUGAUUUUGACGUAGAUUUGCCUAAACACUGUACAGAUAUUUAUAUUUAUAAUUUAUUGUGUACAGUAAUUAUUAUACAGAAGUCUGUAUUUGGUGUGUUUUCUGUAUAGAUUAUAUAAUUUAUUUUUUUCUUUCAAUUUAAAUGAUUUUAAUCAAUAAAUGCUUUGUGGGUAA